AUGGGACUAAGAAACGUUUUCGGAACCAUAUUGACUAUGCCAGUGGUGGGAUUCUUAUCUUCCUCCUGGUUGGGAUGGCCGUCAACCUUCUACCUGUUUGGUUGUUUGGGUUAUGCAUGGAUAUUACUUUGGUUCACUUUUGGAGCAAACAGUCCUUCUGAACAUGGUAGCAUUACUGAUUUGGAAAAAGAUUACAUUUCAAAAUCAUUGGGAAAUGAAAACAAGGAGAAAACUCCUGCACCAUGGAAAGCAAUACUCACAUCAUUACCUGUAUGGGCAAUUGUUAUUACGCAUAUUGGACAAACAUGGGGCUACACUACAUUGAUUACUCAAAUCCCGAAUUAUAUGAACAAAGUGAUGAAGUUUGACAUAAAAAGUAACGGUCUUUUAUCUGCUGCACCUUACCUGGGCUUCUUCUUCAUAACUGGUAUAUGUGGGGUUUUGGCUGACUACGUCAUAAAUAAGGCAAUAUUUUCUAUAUCAACUACAAGAAAGAUUUUCACAGCAUCUGCAAGUGUUAUACCAGCUGCAGCACUAAUGAUCCUUAGUUUUCUACCGGAUGAUGCAAGAGCUUUAUCUGUUACGAUGUUGAUAGUGGCGAUUGCUUCAAAUGCGGGAAUAAAUGCUGGAUUCAAUGUGAAUCACAUCGAUCUUUCUCCAAAAUAUGCCGGCAUUUUGGUAGCUUUAGGCAAUUCUUCAGGAAAUGUAUUUGCAAUUCUGGCUCCUCUCCUUGUACAGGUGAUAUUAACUGAUGAGACUGACAAAUCAUUAUGGAGGAUAAUUUUCGUAACUUCAGCUGUUUGGUAUUUAGCGUCAAGUGCAUUUUAUGUGAUGUUUGCUGCUGGAACAGUUCAGUGGUGGAACGAUGUUGACGAAAAACCGAAGAAAGACGACAAAACUGAUUCUGUACGUGAUAUUCCGAUUCGAAAAAUGUCGACUAUAAUAAAUACUUGAUUAUUUUCAA